UUCAAGACAUCCGUGGCGCGCAGUUUCGCUAGCGGCGUUGUUGGAGCUGUAGACACGUUUUUUUCGCUGGAUCGCGUUGCAACCUAAUCGCUAGCGCAAUCAUGGUCGGUUGUGCAGCUGUCAAUUGCUCGAGUUCGAGUACCAAAGGGAAAAAGAUGUUCAGGUUCCCUUGGAACGAAGAUAGAAAAAUGAAGUGGGUUGUGGCGGUAAGGAGAGCCACGGCGAAUGGUAGCCUCCGGAUGCCAAGCAUCGGAGCUAGAGUGUGCCAAGACCACUUUGUCAAAGGCGCUCCUAGCAAAGAUCCGCGGCAUGUUGACUACGUGCCAUCGAUAUUUUGGCAAGACGAGAGAGCAACUGAGGCGUCAAGACGGAAGCGUGAAAGCUACGACAGGCAUACGGCUUUAACGCUGAAACGCACGGCCGCCGCGAAACGUGCAGCCAGGGCUGGCACUGAUCCCGAGAAAAUCAUGACACAGCAGUCAACGGCCGCAGGACAUCAGGCCAAUGGUGCCGCUGCGGAAUACACGGACACAGCAGUUGUAACUUGUCAGUGACAUAAGCUGCUGCGACACGCAAUCAGCCAGUGGUUCUGAAGGCGAGGACAUCGCACCAGUGAGAGAAGAUGACGUGUCAGGAAAG